GCCUUCGUCAUCAUUCUGCGCCGCUUGUCAUCCGACCAGGGAAGAUGCUAGCGACCUCUUUCCAAAACACUUACGAAACUUGAUUGGUUAUAGGAUUAAAUAAUCAUUUUAUAUAAUUUGCACAACAGCGAAUGUAUUUAUAGAUUCAAAAUGCCUCCAGUGAGGUUAAUUAGCCUUAAAUAAAAAACAACAAUAAUAAUGAAAUAGACCGGGCUAAAGCUAGGUAGCGUUUGUGUUUAAUCGGACUUGCAACUAAAGCUAAAAGGACAUAAACAUUAAAGAACAUAGAUACGGAAACAGCUGGACACGAUGGGAGCUGAACAGAGUGGCGAUGCUGAGCAUAAGCAUUCGGACUACAGUGCUUCAGUCGUGCCCUCGCCAGCGAAGCACAGAGCAAAAAUGGACGACAUUGUGGUGGUCGCUCAAGGAACGCAGUCGUUACGGAACAUCCACAACGACCCUGAUGUCAUCAAGCUUCAGGAGAUUCCCACGUUUCAACCUCUGCUGAAGGGCGUCCUGAGCGGACAGACAUCCCCCAGCACGGUGUCUGUGGAGAAGCUGGACUCUGUGCAAGUGCUGCAGUUGUGUGUGCGCUACCAGGACCACCUGCAUCAGUGUGCCGAGGCCGUGGCCUUCGACCAGAACGCUCUCGUCAAGAGGAUCAAAGAGAUGGACCUGUCGGUGGAGGCGCUCUUCAGCAUCAUGCAGGACAGGCAGAAACGCUACGCCAAAUAUGCCGAGCAGAUCCAGAAGGUGAACGAGAUGUCCAUGAUCCUGCGGCGGAUUCAGAUGGGCAUUGACCAGACCAUGCCUCUGAUGGAACGCCUCAACAACCUGCUGCCCGAGAGCGAACGCCUCGAGCCAUUCAGCAUGAAACCUGACGCAGAGCUCAAGUAGACGGCCGCUGGUGUGCUGGAGACCCUGUUAGAGACUGAAAGGUCACACUGCUACAUGCUGAAUGACAAAAUCCUCCUGUGUAAAUACAAAGCAUUAACUUUCCAGAUAUAAUUUUGGAGCUUCAGAGCGUCUCUAAAAGUCAUAUGAUAUUUUGCACUCACAGGUUUGGAUCUGAUAUUACUCAUGCACAACUGUCACGUUUUACACGUUUUACACGCUCAGUGUUUGUGAACACAAAAAUGAUGCUUUCUUCUCUGCAGCUUGCGACGUCUUAAAGCAAAGUGAACCGUGCUACUGACUGCUUUUCAGAAUCCACUGAACCAGUAAUUAUUGAUCUGAUGGUGAGAUCAUGAACAGAUAACUGAGACUGAGAUGAACAUAUCUGUGGAAAAUUAAAGGACAAUUUCAUGUUUGUGUUUAAAACUC